AUGAACUGGCAAUAUAAACAGGAACAUUCUCUAGAACAACGUCGAUUUGAAUCUGAACGUAUUCGAAGACGUUAUCCUGAUCGUAUUCCUGUUAUUGUACAACCGUUAUUAUCAUCAUCGUCCUCAUCGUCCUCUUCUUCAUCAUCAUCAAUAUUAUCAACAUCAUUAUUUCAUUCAUUUCCAUCAUCAUCAUCAUCAUCUUCAUCAUCAUACAAUGAAAUGACAUUAGGACGUCUUGAAAAUGAAAAAUUUCUUGUACCAUCUGAAUUAUCAUUUGGUCAAUUUGCUUAUAAUAUUCGACGACGUUUACGUUUACGAGCUGAACAUGCACUAUUUUUUUAUAUUGGUUUAUAUGGUAAACAACCAAUAUUAAGUUCAACAAUGGAAUUAUUGUAUAAUGAAAAUAAAGAUACAGAUGGUUUUUUAUAUGUAUGUUAUGCAGAUGAAAAAGUUUUUGGAUAA